GUUUUCCCCUUCCACUCUGGAGAGUCGCUCCGUUCGAGCGGCACCGCCGCGAUCCUGAGGGUGGUGCAGGCCGACUGCCCGGGUUGCGCCCGCGAGCUUGCGCUGAGCUGCGGCGCCGGUGGCGGCUCGCCCGUCGACGGCGGACCCAAUGGGCUGGAGGCGGUGCUCCGCUACUCCGCCUUGGCCCUGGUGUUCAGCGCGGGGGUCGUCGCGGGCCGGGUGGGGCACGCGCGGCUGGCCUGCCGCCCGACGGUGGCCCAGCUUCAGGGCAGCGCCGACGCAGUGAGCCUCGAGGACCUGUCGCGAGUGCAGGCCGCGGCGGCGAAGGCAAGGCAGCCCAGUUCGGCCGCGGCGCAGCCAUGGCAGCACACCCUGUGGAUCCUCACGCCCGAUGGCGACGCCUACUCGGAGGUGCUCCUCGGCAGGGGGGACAUCGUGGCCUGCAUGAUGAGCGCUUGCGGCGCGUCUGGCGGGGCUGCGGCUGGAUCGAGUGGCGACGGCGAGGGCCAGUUCAGGAGCGUGCCACCAGCUGCGACGAUCGCUCUGGCUCAGGCGGGUGUCAAGUUCGCCCUAGGUGGCGCGGGCUCAACCUGCACGGCUCCCAUGUACGCGAGGAGCAUCGAAGGCGGGAAGGUAUGCUUGGAGUGCGCGGACAAAACGGGCCGGGUUCAGACACGCAUGCUAAGUCAGUGCCCGCAGCACGCUCGGGAUGGCACGGCGGUGUCGCUCAAGUUCCUGCAUCCCCCUUUCGCAUUGCGCACUAUUGUCGCCUAUGUGGACACCAUCGCCGGAGCCGAGGGGGCGGCGGUAAAGCUCAACGUAGCCCUCCAGGAACACCCCGGACACCCGACCGAUCUGAUCGGCGACAGUUUCAAUCUUUGGAAGGCACAGAAGAAGACUCGCCAGCUGAGAAACAUUGCCGCCAACAGCAGAUACUUUCUCAGCGCGCUCUCGGAGCUCGGCCACAAGGGCGGGAUGAUAUCGGCGCUGUUCGCGGCGUCUGCCGAGGAGAUGGAAGGGGUACUCGCGGCGUCUCCUGGGUGGAGGAGCUUCAAGGAUGCAUCGAACGACGUGGCCGCCGCCGUGUUGGCUCCGUUUGUGCGGGACGACGUGGUGUAG